GUGGGUAGACGCUCCUGCUGAGAGCGCUCGCCUCACAGGGGAGGGACGGAGUCAAGUUGGGAUCAGAUCAACAAGGCGGAAUCUGGAGACAGACAAGACGUGCGCAGACCGUUAUUCACUCCGACGCCACCUCGACCGCUGUCGGACGCGCGACGGAGAUGCUGCCGCCGACGGACACAUGGACGCUGCUGUUGCUGACGCUCGUUGGUUUCACCGUCCGAGAUUGCUUCUCCUCCAAGGCAGAGGACCGACUGUUCAGGAAGCUGUUCAGACGAUACAAUCAGUUCAUCCGACCGGUGGAGAACGUCUCUGAUCCCGUCAGCGUGGAGUUCGAGCUUUCCAUCUCGCAGCUGGUCAAAGUUGAUGAGGUGAAUCAAAUCAUGGAGACCAAUCUGUGGCUCAGACAUAUAUGGAACGACUACAAGCUGCAGUGGAAGCCGGUGGAGUUCGACGGGAUAGAGUUCAUCCGAGUUCCAUCCAACAAGAUCUGGAGACCCGACAUUGUUCUCUACAACAAUGCCGUCGGCGACUUCCUGGUGGAGGACAAAACCAAAGCGCUGCUCAAAUUCGACGGCACCAUCACGUGGGUGCCCCCGGCCAUUUUCAAAUCUUCCUGCCCCAUGGACAUCACCUACUUCCCCUUCGACUAUCAGAACUGCUCCAUGAAGUUCGGCUCCUGGACUUAUGACAAAGCGAAGAUUGACUUGGUGCUCAUCGGGUCCAAGGUGAACCUCAAGGAUUUCUGGGAAAGUGGCGAGUGGGAAAUCAUCGACGCUCCGGGCUACAAGCAUGAUAUCAAAUACAACUGCUGCGAGGAAAUCUACACAGACAUCACUUACUCUUUCUACAUCCGGCGCCUGCCACUCUUCUACACCAUCAACCUCAUCAUCCCCUGCCUCCUCAUCUCUUUCCUCACGGUGCUGGUUUUCUAUCUCCCGUCCGACUGUGGAGAGAAGGUCACGCUCUGUAUCUCCGUCCUGCUCUCCCUCACUGUGUUCCUGCUGGUUAUCACUGAGACCAUCCCCUCUACGUCUCUGGUCAUCCCUCUGAUCGGAGAAUACCUGCUCUUCACCAUGAUCUUCGUCACGCUCAGCAUUGUCAUCACAGUGUUUGUGCUCAACGUGCAUUACCGCACGCCCAUGACCCACACCAUGCCGUGCUGGGUACGCACAGUGUUUCUCAAAGUGCUGCCGAGGUUCAUGUUGAUGCGGAGACCGAUUGAUGCCGACGGCAAAGCUGGGGGGUUGGACAGCAGUGGGGAGGCAGGCGGAGCUGGAGGGGGAGGAGGAGGCGGAGGAGGGAAAGGAGGGAAGAAGAGGAAGAACAGUUUGAUGCAGCAGGUAGCUGCAGGAUCUCUCAAUUCCCUGGAAUUUGGAGACAGCAAGCUGUCGUCCAUGGAGCGCUGCUCUGGGAAGAAGUGCUCCUUUCACCAUUCCAGAGAAACGAUCGAGACAACAGACACGGGAAACAUGACACGACAGAUGAGUCUGCAGAGCAUCAACUCGGUCGUGGCCUUUUCGGUGCUGUCGCCUGAAGUCAAGCAGGCUGUCGAGAGUGUCAAGUACAUCGCUGAGAACAUGAGGAGCCGCAACAAGGCCAAAGAGGUGGAGGACGACUGGAAGUACGUCGCCAUGGUGAUUGACAGAAUCUUCCUCUGGGUGUUUGUGACUGUGUGCGUCCUGGGGACAGUGGGCCUCUUCCUCCAGCCUCUGUUUGGCUUUGUCUCGUAACCUUCCGGCAUCGAAGUGUCACUGCGCCUCCGCUGUCUGCACAAGUGACCAAUCAGAGGAGACAGAAGCACAUUCUGCAGUUUUGGCUUUUUCUUCUUCGCAGAGCACCAAGUUGCGGUGAAAAAAAACCCGUCAGUUUGGGUGACACUCCCGAAGGCUUGCGGCCAUAGAAGUCUUGUGUUGUAUCGCGCUGACAUUUGAAAUAACAGAUCCAAAGACACAACAGUUACGAGCUUAAUGUUCAUGUUGCUAUUGGCCAGUCACACUUUUCAGGCCGAACUGUCACAUCACCCCCAACUGUGUAAUAUUAACUUGCUCACAUGGUACUGUAUGACACACACAGGCUCAAGGGUGUGAAAUUCAAUCAAUAUUUCCAACUCAAACGGUGGCAUUCCUUGGUAGGAAAAAUCCAAUAUCAGCAAAUAUUCAGUCAAUGUCAAGGCUUUGGCAUCUGCUUCUUUGCUUCUCUAUUGUUCUCCGUUUUGUUCCACAGUUUCAAAGAAUCCUGGUGGAAACCCUACACAAACAAUGUCCACCACCGACGCCUGGUCUUGAAGCACAAACAUCCGUCCACGUUCCCUUCACCUGCACCUUCACCAAUGCUUUGACACAUCCACAUGCUUUGUCGGCGUCUUGUUUUUGGCAUACUUUAAAUUACUUCUGGAUUUCAUUUCAACUGUACGUAAUUAUAAUGUAGCUCUUGCCUACCACAUAAAAUGGCUUUUUAGGUUUUGAGUUGUGAAAUUGCACCCGACUUCUGGCCAGUCUGGUUCAUCCAUUUUGAUAACAGAACUGAAGAUCGUGGCUAAACUGAUAAAGAGAUAUAUAUAUUUACACCCCCAAUACCUUCCGUCACAAGUGAUCGAAACAAAAUGGCGUCGAACAACCGAGUCAGAAACAGUGUGAUCAGAAUUUAGGUCAAGCGAUAUGUUCCAAAACCUGCUUAUCUGCUCCCAGGACCCCUGACUCAACCACACUUGAGCGAUCCAAGGGCGCAGCUCGGACUUCUAAUGCAACACGACAUGAAAUCAAACGCUCGUAUGCAGGAAGCAUUCUGGCAUGCUGAGAUCACACGAUACCGAGUACUCGCUCUGUGAGUUGGUCCUCGGUUAAAUAUAGACAAAUUUCAGCACCUUCCCAUCAAAAGCAGCUCUGCCCACCUCAGGGCAUUCUGGGACGAGAAAAUGAAGCCUAGGCUUCUUAAAAGUGAAUUUAUUUCAGAGCUGAAGAAGUGUACCGGGGGAAUAUAUGUUGAUAAUAUUGCUUUAAACAACGCUGUCUGCCACAUGAUGGACAAACCUUGUGCUAACACUAACCAGGAACACACAGGAAAACAAGCGGGGAUGAAAGAAGUUAAGUAAACAGUGUUUGCUUAAAAGCGCUUGUGCAAAUUAACUGCAAAUGUUUUUUCAGCUUUCGUGUAUUUAGUGGAUGUUUCGUGUUGAAUGGCGAUGAAUUAAAAUCAUUGGUUUGAACCAACAGCUAAAUAAUGAGCGAUAGGAGGAGUGUGUGUUCAAAGGACAUGGAAGCUACAUGUGAGGCUGUCUGUUAAUACCAACUACAAGCAGAACUGCUGAGCUCAGCAAGUUUAGAUCCUUUUCCCAAAAGAAAGGCCACGUUGUCACAUGACACUGCACAGCCCAGAGCCAUAAGGAAACAUUACUGACAAGUAAUUGCUGUAAAAAUACAAAAACGCUCUGCUUUCCAUUUGUUUCCUGCUUUGUGUUCGGAGUACAUUUCCUGGUUAAAAUGUAAUAUA